CAAUUCAACAGCCCUGAAUCGUCAAGCAGUCAUUUUUUCGCCAGGACCCACCGAACCCGUUUAUUAACAAGCGCCAAGCUUUUAUUAAUUUGUGGAAUUCAUUUAGCAAUACAAUUUUGCUACUUUUGACCAUUCUCGCCCGUUUUGGAAACUUUUUCUUUUCUGUGAACUUUUUCGAUCAGCAAGCAAGAACUCUUGCAUUCUGAGAACUUUCAUUUCAUAUUCCAUUGUAUUGCUUACUAAACUUCACCCUAUUAUUUUCCAAGAAGAAAAAAGAAUCUACCAGCACACCAUGUUCGCUAUUUUUGACAUCUUCUACUAUUGUGGUUUACCAAAAUGAAAAAAGUCCCAGUUCGAAAACUAGAUGCGACUUUUCCUGCAAGAUCGAAACGACCAGGAGUGACAUGCUGAUUGUAGGAGACAUUUGCAUUUCGAUUCCAGCUGCCAGAACUAUUAUCUAUCUCGGCAUCAGAGAAUCUGGCUUCGAAUUCUCCUGAUCAUGCCUUAUUGGCAUAUUGCGACAUCAUUGUUGUCUCUUUUCCAAACAGGGACUCUUUUCAGUUUGAUAAACGUGUCAGGACUUGCACGAUAAUUCUCUACAGUACAUCAUUCUGAAGCCGCAUCAUGGCUUGCGGGCAGCAUACGAGCUCAUGGACUACAUGAGUACGAAGAAAAAGCGAGUAUCACUACUUGCAUUUUUCAGCUUUUGCAUGAGGGAUUUCGCUGGAGCAAUAUCUUUCUGCGGAGAAAACUUAAAAACGACAGUGAAAUCAAAUGGCCCGGAAUGUAGCCUGUCAUGAAGUUUUUCCCUGGCCACAACGUAUUUUUGUGCGACUUGCUCUGGGAAGCGUACUGAAUAGCGAUCCGUUUUUUCUUCGAUAGCGGUGGAUUGGUUCGGCAAUGGCCCGAAGGACAUUCGAUAUCGUGUGCAAAAAGACUCCCACCAUAUAGGCGCAGCCAGUCAUUGCUAGUACAUGUGGUGAAAAUGUACCCCUCUACAAACUGCGCGGCUUUUUUUUUGUGCAUGAAAACCGUCACUGCAGGCCUUUUUUUUGCAAUUCCCCCAAUCUGAAAAGAACACCAGCGAAACACUUGCAGUCAACAUACAAGCUGAGGCAUAUGGUGAGUCUUUUUUUCCCGGGAUACUACGAAAUGCGCUCCCGCGGGCCCGCCCGGAGCGACGGUGCUUUUCAGUAUCAAAGUGAAAAAAGUCAGUCGCCAUACUAUCAGAUAGAUUUGGCUACGUAGUUCACACCGUGCAACUAUUAACUUGGUAACGCAGCAUGGGUUUCCAGGCAUAUCGCUGCACACGAUGGAGACAGACUGUCAUUCAGGCGAACCAGCAGUGCAGAUCACAUCGCCGCUGCUAAUUCGCUGCACAGCGCCCUCUGCUUCUCUCUGUAUGAUGAAGCCCGUGCACGCAAUCCGAAUCUAACUUAGCACAGAUAUAUCUUUGCGUAUGGCGGGGGGCUUUUUUCACCUUGAUACGCCGCCGCCAGCUACCAGAAGAUGCAAAAGUCUCUUAACCCCGAUCAGAUUUGGUCAUGGACAUGUCGUUGCGAAUUUGUGUGCAUUAACUCGACCUGGUCAUGCUUGUUGCAGCGCUUUCUGCAUGGCCGCCCAUGUUGGCAAGGAGCUAGCAGCCGCCGCUGCUCUUUCUCUGCGGCUGAUUUGGAGAUGUGUGUUGCUUUUCUUACACCAAGCGAAAUUUUUGCCUGAGAACCAAAUUCAAGAAAUGAAUGCUCGGCAAGUGAACACUUUUGUACCUGAUAGCAGAACUUCCCAAAAGUCUUGAACAUCAAAACUGAAGGAAAGAAGCUGAAGUCUUUCGACAUUUGGGUGAAGGUAUAUUUUCUUGUUAGCCCCCACAAACACAAAAUAUUUACCUAGAUUCAACUCUGCGGCCUUCUACGAAGGCUUUCUUGCAGCCCCCGAGACAGAAAUAAGCAGUAGAAAAGAUUAAAUGCGAUUAUGUCAUCCUUGCAGGUUUCUGAUGUGGAGAUUGUGAUGCCCUUCAAAAAAAAAAAAACUUGUCCGUAAUUCACAGUUCAUUCGCGAAGCGCUCAACGAGAUCGCGGCCAAAGAUAGUGCGGCCGCGGAUCAAAUCCGCCGCACAGUCCGCGACUCGAUGGACGCAAAAAUCAAUGACGCGCUGAGCGGAUUUAAGGGACUUUCGAGCGAUGAAGACCACUUCUUCCAGUGGAUCCGGGCAGGCAGGACGGCCUUCGAGUACCUCAGCACCGAAGACAUGGAGGAGGUUUGGAUUGCUGCGCUACUGCAUGAAAAAGCUCAUCACAAUCAGAGGCGUGCAGGAUUUCUUGCAGUACAUCAACGCUUCACUGGACAGCCUUGUCAUGCUAGAACGCUAAACGCUACAACGCCAGGCGAAAGUGGUCCAGAACUUUAUUUGCCGAUCUCUUUACUGUAUUUUCAUGCCUUUGUGAUGAGCAGUUUUCCAUGGCAUAUCAUGAUGGGCUGCGGUUUUAUUCUCCGAUGUGCGUUGGUUGCUAGAGAAGUGGAACAAUUUAUUUUCUUCACGAAGAACAAUGCGCAUUCACAUAUUCUCCCGGCACAAUGAACUUCCAACUUCCAAAUGCAAUUUCUGCACCAGUGAAAUUAUGUCUUUGCUAUGCGAAUUUCCGUCCCUAUCUACAAGAAUACGCGAGUCUUUCUCUGUCGAGCUACUAUUUGAAAGAAAUUUUGGUUUUU